CGCAUGUUCUGGACGCGUGGACCGGUCGGUGUGAAUAGCGAAGUGUCACUGAACCGGUUCGAGGAGGAUGUCAACAAAUGACGCAGGAGAGCUGAGGCUCAGAGCUGCUCCGCCCGCUCGCAGCACCACACGAACCCUGCGGACAAGAGAUCAGCAGGUUGAAACAGUUGAGAGGCUUCAGCCGGAAAAUCAUAUAGCUGUUGAAAUUCCGAAAGUCCAGGACCGUCCCCGAGCCUCCAUCAGUCAGGAGGGAGCACACAGAGCACAACAUUUUGGAGCGGAUAGAAUAAGACAGCGGGAGGUCAACUUCCAGAAACCUUAUGGACAAAGAUUCUCCUCCUCUCUCCUCAUAACACUCUCCAGGGAUCGAAACCUUGACAAACCACAUCUAAUUUGGAAGUCAGACUCCUGUCUAAACCGUUUGACUGAGCCACAGAGGGCUGAGACUGAGAACGGCUCCUGCCAGGUGAACAGCAGAUCAUCAGCACCAGACACGCCUGCAGAGUCACACAGUUACUGCCAUUUACCACAGACAAAACCAUUUCUAGCCACAAAGGAAAAGGAUGUUAUCACUGUUGGUUGCAAUGAACUGGAGACUACAAGGCACUUGAAUGUAAAUCACAGUUUGCCAAAUGGUCAGUAUGGACCAAAUCAAUGUAAUGGCUUGCACUUGCGUCCAUGUCGGGCUCAACUCAAAAGAACUGGCACUGGACCAAUAGAGGUAGAGGAAGAUAUAAAGGACCAUACAACGCUUGAGAAUCAAAGGGAUCCUGAACUAUCGCAACCUGAUCUCACCAUGCUGUCUUCCACUGUGGUCGGAGUUCUCGCUCCAACCUGGAGUGGCCGUAUACGACGGAACAAAAGAUUUGAGGGAACUGGAAAUUCAGAUUCUAUGGGGAAUUUACAAGAUGUGACAAGCACUCUGGCAAAGAAUGCUCAUGGGGAGACUCAAAACCAACAUGGUCUAGUGAGGGUUAUGACAGAGGGAUCACAAACCCAAGUGAGAGCCCCAUUUCUGGGUACCAGGAGGAACACGUUGGACUGGUCAACAAUGAGUGAUCCUUUAAGGAUGAACUAUUCUAAUAAUGAAAUGAUUCAAACUGUCUCUCUGGAUGUAAACUCUGGAAGGACUGACAACAGGAAACUAGUUCCAGGUGGUUUAAACCCUGUAACCACAAAUACACCACGACUAUCGCCUCCAUCCUUUGACCCAAAUGAACAAAGGAGAAAUCCAGAAACCGGCCAUCAAGGACCACUGUCACCUUUAAGCUCUAAACCAACAACCAGCAGUCUGCUUCUGUCUUUAAGACGAAUCAAUUACAGUGGCAGGAGUUCCAAUGCACCCCCAACCUUCCCUGGUGAAAAUCCUGCUCCAAGUGAUCAAGAAGGAAACUUGCCUCAAUCACAUCUUUCUCAAACCUUUUUCAAUAAUAAUAAGCAAGAGAGGUCAAAGCCUGUCCGCUCUCCAUCGUCCAUUUCUUAUAGGUCAACUGAAAUCGGGCCUGUCAUUUCCCCAUCAUCCUUCAGCCACAGAGAAAGAAGUGUGUCAGAAUCACCCUUCUUUUCAACCUCAACUUUAAAAGAAGACACACCCUUCACUCAACAAUCUCAAACAUGUUUCAAACAGGCAUUUCUGAGUAAUGUGCCAUCAGCAAGCCAAGAGACCUGCAGGGGUUCAAACAAAAAUCCAAACCUAUUCCCAAAGAGCACAAUCCCCUCGCCCAGACAUUCCCCAUAUAAUCCCUAUGAAGUCCUAAAAACCCACCCCAUCCCGAGAAGGACCAUACUGACAUCCACUUCCUGGUGGAAACAAGUAACCAAGGAAGGCAGUUCUCCUUUAAGCCCUGAUGGUACAACCAACAUCAAAGACCAGCCAAACACACCCUUAGUUCCGCCCUGUAAUAAUAGCAGUGCCUUGGCAGGGCCAACUUCAACUGACAGCAAAAGAUUUAGUAGUCAAAUCCCCAAUAACAGAGACAACACAAACACAACAGAGUCCGUUUGCAAAGGUAACAUGAGCCUUAUUAUGACAGAGGGAGGAACUCAGAGCCUUAAACAAAUAAAGGACUUACCUGAACACAAAUCAGACGGACUAUUCAGACGGCAAUAUGGCUCCCAUUUAAACAACAGGGAACCACUAAAGCCUCUUAAUUUACCAGAUGUUUUGUCUAGGUCUCGCUUUAACAAAGCUACAGCAAAGACAACACUGAGUCACCCUAAAGAUUUUAGCAAGGGUCCUGUAAGUAAUAGUUCAUUUACAGCAAAUCUAACUGAAUUACCUCCUACUUUUCUAAAUCUCAAGAGUUCAAAUUCACCCACUGAGAGCAGCAGCAAAUACAAAAAUGAUCUUCGCUCAUCCGAAACUAGCAGCACUCCCACAUCUCUUCACAACAAGGACUCUGAAAAGUUAACCAAAGAUUCUCUUACCCUUUCUUCCACCAUCCCUCUCAGCAGUCAAGCUCCUACUAUUAAAACUACACCUGGUCUCCCUCCAACCCCAAAUACCAGAACUGAUUCCUCCUUUCCUUUCCAUCCACUUUCCUCUCAGACAAACGUUCACGCUUCAAAUACUGAUACUUCUUCCCAAACAUCCAAAUUAACUGAGCCACAGACAGCCAACAUCACACCUCUUGGCUUUAAAAGAAGCUAUGUCUUCGUACCCACGCACCCUAAAGCAGUGUCUAGUCUGAUUCCCACUGUCAGUGCCUCCCCUAAAAUAAACAACAUCCCUGUAUCGACUGCAUCCGUCACCUCUUGUAACAUUGCCAGACAUCCUUCAGUCACAAAUGCUCCAAGCCCGUCCUACCCUACUCCUGCCAUCAAGCUAUCUCCUACCACCACCACCACCCUCUCCUCUUUCCUAACCCCCCCUACCACCCCAAUCAUUACUAGCCCCAGCUACUUAGAUGCAUCCAACCCUAAGGAAGGCAGGAAAUUCUCAAGCAGCCCAGAAAGAAACAACAAGAAGGGAAAGAGAGUGAGGCGAGUAACAUGGGAGGACUCUUUGGAUCUGCAGUGUCCUGAGCCCGUCACAGUGGAGAAACCAGAUCCAUCUGGUGUCCCAACAAGUCCUCUCUCACCUUGUGUUAGAACCCCAAACAUUUCCCCAUUUCUAAGUUCAGGAAGUCCACCCAUAAAUACAUCUCCUCUGUGCCCCACUACCCCCAAGACUUCCAGCAUACAGAUGGGGAAAGGAGGGAGGUAUCAAUCCCUGUCACCUGACCUUCCUGAUUUAACAUCUAUGGAGCAUGAGAUGUCGAAGCAAGGAGCUAAGGACACUCUGAUCUCUGAACCAGCUAGACAGGACUUAACCACAACUGGGCGAGAGAGGACACAAUCAAGGGAGUCUUGCAAAUUCCAGGGCCAUUCCUCUGCUGCUCUCUCCCUGCCGCCUGACUUUGCAACUGGUUAUAAGCUUCGUUAUAGCUCCCCGCCUUACUCCAGUCUUAUGUCAAGCAGGACAACACAGGGAGAACCUAAGACUAUUACACCCAGAUCACCCCUCUUCCGACAAGCUUCUCAGUCAGUGUAUAGUCCACUUUCCUUACAUGCUGAGCCUGGUUCAGGCAUAGCCAUACCCACAUCCAAAUCCCCUCUUGCACCCGUCAGCCCAACCCAGACAUUUUCUUUUCCCGUGAAAAACAAAAUUGCCACAAAAGAAAGUUCCUGUGAGGUUUCAGAAACAUAUCAACUCAACAAUCAAAGACAGGAUAUCAAUCAAGAUCCCAAGAAUGGCCAGAUAUUACUUGUCAACAACAGAGUUCAUAUCAGCUCACCAGGUGAAAAGGCAAACAACUCAACAUGUGUAACUGAAACACUGGUUUACAACAUUCAAUUUAAAGCAAAUACAUCUACAGCUGCCUCAAAGAACACCACACCUCAACCUUUGCAGCAUACAGAAAUCAAGUUAAGUCAACAACCCAACAGAGUGCAGAUUAAGAAAGCUACAGGUGAACCACAUACUCAUUCAGGUCAGAGCUCCAGUAGUGGCAGCUCAGCGGACAGUCAGUCCCAGUGUGAGGGAAGCCGCAACAGAAAAACAAAGGAGAAUGUGCUUGGUAAAAGCAGGUUUAUGUCAAUGGAGAGCACUAAUGAACAAAGCCCAAAGAAAAGCCGGUUUGCACUGAAGAAAAGUGUCAGCACACCAAACUCCAGUUUGUCAAGGUCAGACUCAGAUAGGUCCAACAAGACUAACAACAAAAUGGACCAGGUCCUUAACAAAAUAAAACAAACAUUUAGCACCAGACGGUCGGAUGAUGAUCCAUCAUUUCCAUGGAAGUGGAAAAAGGCUUCCCACACACCCAAUGUCAGUGGAUCAAGUGACAUCAGCACUGUCAGUGAUGUCACCGGUGACAGCACCGAAACGGUUAAGGAGAGAGAGAAGGAGGGAUUGGUGGUGAUUCAGGACAGUGACCAAGGAGCAGAGUGUACAAAGACACAGACACAAAACAGAUACAGUAUCAUACCACCCCCAGCUGUCACACCUACAGUUUGGUCAGAAAAAUCUACUCCGGAAACUGACCAAGAUGAGCAAAAUGCUUGUGCAGGAUUGUCUGACAAUAAAACCCAAGCUCAUCUAACGCCCCAUAGCCCAACAAUACAUCAUUUGGACUUUUACAAUGACAGCAGGACAUAUUAUAAACCGACACUCCAGUUACCAACACGUAGAGAUCCCAGUCCUGGUAGGAGCCCCAACCCCUCUGGUAGUUGUCCUACUCAGUUCAGGAUGUCCACAUCCAGUUCCAGGAGCCCUUUCUCCCCCUUCCCCUCUCUUUCCCCCGUCUCCCCAUUUUCCUCACCUGACAUAUCAGACGACAAUGUCUUCUACAGUCCAAAGCUACAGCGUUGCAAAGAGUCAUCCUCACCAUGUGAGCAAGGAGAGGGAAUCGGCCUGGGGGGUUCAAGAAGAAGCCUUGCAUCAACUGGUCCUCCAAGUCCAGUUGCAGGACAGGACAAUGAGCCCUUUGCAUCCUCCUAUGCGGACUUAAAGUAUGGCAUUGAGCCCGGGAGGUCAUUUUCUGUGAGCUCAGUACUCCCCAGUCGACCCUCAGGGCCAGGACGCAUCUCCACUGGAUCCAGAUUCCUGAGUGUGGGUGAUCUCACGAAAACAUCCUUGACUUGUGGAGGCAAUGGCAAGGACUUAGAUCAGUGGUCUUUCGGGCCUGAUUGGACCACAGACUAUGAUUGCCGGCCCACAGGUGAUAGCAGUGGUUCAUAUUUUCCCAGUGACCCUGCUAAAAUUAAAUCAAGGUCUCUUCCUCGAUCAUUGACCAGGAGCUUAGGAAACUGGAGCUCUGGAGACUCCGUUUCUCAUCCUGGAAAUACCACAGGGACAAGGCAAGCUCAUCUUUGGAGCCAGAACAUGAACACGUUCCAGUUUGGAUUGGAUGCAGAGGGUCCCCCAACACCGCCUGCAACACCUCCCCUGUCACCAGUGUCCAGACGAAUGUCCCAACCCCCCAGCCCUUCUUCUCCCACCUUUCCUAGCCCACCUGGAACACCACAGUCAGUGGACAGCCAGUCCUCUAAAGGGCGUUUGCCCUCCAGAGGUUAUGUGUCCAGCCUUAGCACCUUUGAUGAGUCAUCUGACAGCAGCUCAGACACGACAACCGAUGACGAAUAUUACUUAGAAACAGGUGAUGGUGAAGAAAAGGAGACAGAAUUGUGAAAGUCAAACAGCGGCUCUCUUUCGAGUCUAUGAUCCUGAACUUAAUGAUGGGGACUAAGGAGAAACCCCAAGAGAAGAAAGAUGGGCAGUUAUCUGUCAUGUGCAGCGACCUCCGCUGCAUGUUUACUCUUUUCUCGACCCAGUGGAGACAUGAGGUCAUAAGGGACAGCUGGUUGCCUGCAUGAUUUGCUUUUCCAGAGUGGUGGUUGCUGUUGUGUUAAAUGACCAAGCAUGAUAUUAUCAGCACAGUUUUAAACAUGUUUAAAGUAUGUAUAGUGUACUUUAAUUAGCUGCAAUAUGUGGAGUAAAUAAUAACCAUUCUUCAACAUUUAUAGUCUGACAGUUGCAUGGCAUUAGUGAGGGAUGUACAUCUUUACAUUUGCAUUUCAUCCUGCUACUUAACAUUAAGUGCUGAGGUUGUGUGGAUUAAUAUGCUAUAACAGCUUUCAUCGUCCAUCUUCUGUGUUUGAAGAUUGCAAUGAAUCGUAGUAAAUGUAGUAAGCAUAAUGCAGAUACAGUCAAUUUAAAAAUGUUUUAUAUAUAUAAGAAGAGUGGUUUUAAAGAAAACUUUAAUCUGGGAUAAAAUACAAUUAAGUUUUUAACAUUUGUGCUCUACCCAGCGCUUGCUCUUAUUUGCACAGUAACAAUCUAAAGUCUUAAUAUAUCUAUUUUGUAAAUAAAUGUCAUAUUUCUAACAGUA